UUACUAGCUGACUUUGAAGCUUUAAACGCAGUAAUCAGUCUAAUAGUGCCACAGAACAUCAAAUAAGAUGCAAGAAUGCCAAAAGUUACAGUAAUCUAAUGUAAUUUAAACGCUUCAGCCCCACGAUCGGGGAUUGGUUUUGGGAACGACGCUUGAGACGAAGUUGAGUAUUGGAAAACGGCCUCGAGAUCCGGUUGGUACCUUAAUGUAUGUAACACUCUUAGUUUCGGCUACUGAAUCUCGAGAUGUGCCGCUGAUCUACAGUUAGUUGCAACAAGCUGACAUCACUUAGCCGGGCUGUACCCACACAGCCACUGCAUGAACUGUGCAUGUGCUUUUAAUUAAAGCCGACGACGUCCGUGAAGUUGGGCGCUCUAAAAAUAGGUUACUGAACAUUUCGCCAGCUGUUGCGCCGUAAAAAUGCGCCAUCCCACAGUAGGCCUACGAACUUGCUGAGUAACGUUAUAGGGACGUUGUUCUGCAUGUCGUUGAUAACAGUCGUGCGUGUUGCGUUGAAGAGCCACUGAGGUGAACUUGAAGUUUCAAAUUUUCGCAGGUACAAAGUGUUCCCAACAGGAUGGAUGUAGUAUUAGAUUUGAGUGUCCUGUCCCUCCAGUCACAAAAAGCUGCAGAUUUCUUUCGUGACCUGGUCAGUGACAUUCUACCCGAUCUGCUCGAGCAUGUUGAAGGGCAGUCCAACCAAGACCGAGCUGACAUGGUGAAGAAGGCUCUGCAGAACAUCUCAAAGACUUACAGAUGUAAUCUUGGCGACACAGACCCGUGGUCAAGAUCUGAGUGGGACAGUGCUGCCAACCGCUGUGCCUACGUGUUUCUCUAUUACGUGCAGCACUGCUACAUGGUGUACGUAGCCUUGCAUCCACUAGUAGGCAAAGCGUUAUCCUAUAUCAUCCAGAGAUGGCGACAGAUGAAAUAUUUACAGGUCUGCUGUAUCGGUGGUGGGCCUGCUCCUGACCUUGUGGGUUUGACAAAGUUUCUCCGGGACACUGGUGUCAUUCCAGUGGCUACGCUGAGGUGUAGUGUCAUAGAUGCCUUUCCAAGCUGGAAGACUACCUGGGAUGCAAUUUGGGAGAAACUUCCUGAUCCAUUUCCUGUGAAUUACUUUCGCUGUGAUCUCGUAAAGGAUACCACCAUUGAAAGGGAAGUACUGGACAUUGUCCGCAGGGCUGAACUUGUGACCCUCGUGAAGUGCUUAUCAGCUGUGGCUGCCCUUAUGCGAGAUGACCCUAGGAGGAGCUCUCUCCUCCAGGCAAUCCUCCAAGAGCUGAAGCCGGGAGCAGUAGUACUGCACAUUGAUAGUGAGAAGAACCAAGAGACUUGGGAGUGUUUCAGGGAGAUCACCCACACUGCUGGGCUUGUGUGGUGCACGAGUGGCACGGCAAGCCAGCAAUACCAUCUGGGGAGGAUUCCACAAUCAUCCAGAAUUACUCCAGCGCCCUUGAACUCCUUCCAAUGCAGUCCUGCAUUGUGUCAGUUGUGAUGCUACGUAAGAACAGGCCAA